AUGACGGGCGUCUUCAGUGGAGUUAAGCAGAGCUUGCAGAACCUCAGGGACUCGGUUGGUGGCCCGCCCACGCCGACACCUGAUUCUCGAGACACCAGCCAGCUCAGUCAACACCCUGGUGAGGCCCGCGAUAUGUUCGAGGAGUUCCAUGCAGCCCUGAUGACAUGCAUCGACCAUCGCAUGAAGUUCCGUGCCUUCAUCAACAUAUACUUCGCCUGUGCUGAGGCUCUCCAGAAUUGCUGCAAGUCCCUUCGGAAGAUCGGCGCUCCUCGUAACUACGAUGGAGUCCCCCCACAGUCAGCGGCCGGCCUCUCUACCUUGCCUGAGAAUACUCUUAUUCUGAUGAACCCUAUCAUGGGCUCGGUGACGAUCGAAGCCGCUGAAGACUUGAGGGAGAUGAAGAGGAAGAUUCGAGACAGGCUCGUUGAGAUCUCAACCGAUGUCAAGAAGCGUCAUCGAGACAUGCAUUCCUGCCACGGCGCCCUUCGCAAGGCCGAGGCUGUGUUCAAGCGCCACCAACAAGAACUGAGUCGGCUGAGAGACCGUCUGCAGCAGUUAUACGAGACCUCUGGUCAGCGCGUUCAGAUGGACCGCCAACGUGUCUUUGAGAGGCUACAGAAAGUGCAACAAGAUAGUAAUCGAUCUGCUAGGGAUGUCUCGGAAGAAGUUGAGAUGCUGAAGCGUCGCCACGCCAUACAUUUCGACGCGAUUUCCCAUUUUGUCGCCGAGCUCGCUUCUCUACAGCGCAAGAUGGAUCGUCGUAUGGCCGAUGAGCUCUCGAGGUUGCCCCUGGACUUCAGAGGCUCAGUUGAGGAAGCUGUGAUGACGUGCCAGUCGGGCCCAACAGCUCCUCGUCCUGCAUGGUUCUCCGCCGACUAUCAGCCUAUCAUCAGUCAUCGCGAUCAGUGUCUCAUGUGCUACCCCGCGCUGCAGUCGGCUUACCUCGUGCUGGAGGCUCAUGCGAGCGGGAAGGAUCAGUUCACCGAGUACAGGGCGACUUCUUCUUUCGUCGGUCAGAGAGACGGAGAGCUCUCAUUCGAGCGCGGUGAUGUUAUCUUCGUUACUCGUAAGUCUUCUGGCGUUGAUAUCGGCAGCAUCUACGCAGUUGGCGUCGCCAUUCCCGAGACCGAGGAUCCGAAUAUCACCUCCGUGCAUCCUGGUGGCCAUCCCCUGGGAGCUAUCACGCAAGGCGGGGAGGCGCUCAGAGGCCUGCCUGAUGCGCGACCGCCUGUGGCUGCUUCCAUGCCGCACGUACCGAUGUCCAGCAGGGAGAUUCAUGUGGAAGCUGGAGAGCAGUUGGAGAUAUUGAGUGAGCCGAUCCCUGGUAGCGAUUUGGUUAAAAUCAUGGGUCCUAAAUCUGGCACUUCUCCCAACCUGGCUAGAAUGUCGCAUCCCGGCGCUGGAACUCACUCUCGUUACGCGACUCCGAUGAGGGUGCCCACGAUCGUCGAGGAAGAUGACGAAGCUGCAGCUAAGGAGGCGGAGAACAUGUCGGGAAACAUCCAGAGGACACAGGAAGACCUCAGGCAUGAGCUGCCUGUGACCAGCGGCCAUCAGCCAAUGAGUACUGUCAUUUCCUUGGCGGAAGAUGACGAGGAGUCGAAAGGGUGGGGUAUUGUACAACAGAUGAUUGUCGAGAGAACAGUUCUGGUGAACUGCGCUAAGGGUAGAAAAAUGUAG